CCUGGGACCGCCUGCCCGGGGCUACGCCCAGCCAGGAGUCUCCAGAGGUGAGGCUGCUGUUUAAAGCCUCGGUGCCAAGAGGAGACCCCACAUCUCAAGGAAACCCUCCAAGAGGCCUCUGGAGAAGCAGUAGCAGCAGCGCGGGGAGGUGCAAGGUGAGGGUCCACCCAUCUGCUGAUGAUGAGGCUGCUCCUCCUCCUGUGUCUCGCCUUGCCUGGCCUCCUGUGCGCCCAGCAAGCCUGCUCCCGUGGGGCCUGCUACCCACCUGCCGGGGACCUGCUGAUCGGGAGGACCCGGCUCCUCCGAGCUUCAUCCACCUGUGGACUGACCAAGCCCGAGACCUACUGCACCCAGUACGGAGAGUGGCAGAUGAAAUGCUGCAAGUGCGACUCCAGGCUGCCUCACAAUUACAACAGUCACCGAGUGGAGAACGUGGCUGCGUCCUCAGGCCCCAUGCGCUGGUGGCAGUCACAGAAUGAUGUGAGCCCUGUCUCUCUGCAGCUGGACCUGGACAGGAGACUUCAGCUUCAAAGCAUCAUGAUGGAGUUAAAGGGGCCUGUGCCUGCUGGCAUGCUGAUCGAGCGCUCCUCCGACUUCGGCAAGACCUGGCGGGUGUACCAGUACCUGGCUGCCGACUGUGCCUCUGCCUUCCCUGGGGUCCACCAGGGCCAGCCCCAGAGCUGGCUGGAUGCGCGGUGCUCGGCCCUGCCCCAGAAGGCCAAUGGGCAGCUAAAUGGCAGGAAGGUCCAGCUCAACCUCAUGGAUUUAGCAUCUGGGAUUCCAGUGACUCAAAGCCAGAAAAUUCGAGAGCUGGGCGACAUCACCAACCUGAGAGUCAACUUCACCCAGCUAUCCCCGGUGCCCCGCAGGGGCUAUGUGCCGCCCAGCGCCUUCUUCGCGGUGUCCCAGCUGCGCCUGCAGGGCACCUGCUUCUGUCACGGCCAUGCCGACCACUGUGCCACCGCUGCAGGGCCCUCCUCCGCUGUGCAGGUCCACGAUGUCUGUGUUUGCCGGCACAACACUGCCGGCCCCCACUGUGAACGCUGUGCCCCCUUCUACAACAACCGGCCCUGGAGACCUGCGGAGGACCAGGAUGCCCACGAGUGCCAAAGGUGUGAUUGCAACGGGCACUCGGAGACCUGCCACUUCGACCCAGCUGUGUUUGCUGCCAGCCAGGGGGCACACGGAGGCGUGUGUGACAGUUGCCGCCACCACACGGAGGGCCAGAACUGUGAGCGGUGUCGGCUGCACUUCUUCCGGAACCGGCGUCCAGGUGCUCCCCUGGAGGAGACCUGCAUUCCCUGCGAGUGUGACCCGGACGGGGCAGUGGUGGGAGCGCCGUGUGACCCUGUGACGGGGCAGUGUGUAUGCAAGGAGCACGUGCAGGGAGAGCGCUGUGACCUGUGCAAGCCGGGCUUCACUGGACUCACUCACACCAACCCGCAGGGCUGCCACCGCUGUGACUGCAGCGUCCUGGGGACCCAGCGAGACAUGCCCUGCGAUGAGGAGACGGGGCGCUGCCUGUGUCUGCCCAAUGUGGUGGGCCCCAGAUGUGACCAGUGCGCCCCCAACCACUGGAAGCUGGCCGGCGGCCGGGGCUGUGAGCCAUGCGCCUGUGACCCGCGCACCUCCCUCAGUUCUCAGUGCAACCAGUUCACAGGGCAGUGCCCCUGUCGGGAGGGCUUUGGUGGCCUCAUGUGCAAUGCUGCUGCGGCCAUCCGCCAGUGUCCUGACCGGACCCAUGGAGACGCAGCCACAGGAUGCCGAGCGUGUGACUGUGACUUCCGGGGAACGGAGGAUCCAGGCUGUGACAAGGUCUCCGGCCGCUGUCUCUGCCGCGCUGGCUUCACCGGGCGCCGCUGCGACCAGUGCCAGAGAGGCUACUGUGACCGCUACCCCGUGUGCGUGGCCUGCCACUCUUGCUUCCAGACCCACGAUGCAGACCUUAGGUUACAGGCCGGGCGCCUCAGCAGACUCCGCAAUGCCACUGCUGGCCUGCGGCCUGGGCCGGGUCUAGAGGACAUGGGUCUGGCCUCCCGGAUCCUGGAUGCCCAGAGCAAGAUGGAGCAGAUCCAAGCAGUUCUGGGCAGGGCCUCAGUCACGGAGCAGGACGUGGCACAGUUAGCCAGCAGCAUCCUCUCCAUCAGGCAGACUCUUCAGGGCCUGCAGCUGGGUCUGCCCCUGGAGGAAGAGAUUCUGUCCCUCCCUGGAGACCUGGAGAGUCUGGGCAGGAGCUUCCAAAGCCUCCUAGUCAUUUAUCAGGACAAGAGGGCACAGUUUGAGAAGAUAAGCAGCGCUGACCCUUCAGGGACCUUCCGGAUGCUGACUGAAGCCUAUGAGCGGUCAUCCCGGGCUGCCCAGCAGGUUUCCGACAGCUCACACUUGCUGCGCCAGCUCAGGGACAGCCGCAGAGAGGUGGAACGGCUGGAGAGCCAGGCACAAGGAGGAGGUGCAUGGGGCUCUGAGCUCGCUGCCCUGUGGGCGGAGAUGGCUUCCUUGCCUGACCUGACUCCCACCGUGCACAAGGUCUGUGGCGGCGCCAGGCAGGCCACCUGCACCCCAGGAGCAUGCCCUGGUGAGCUGUGUCCCCCAGAUAACAGCACGGCCUGUGGCUCCCACUGCAGGGGCGCCAUCCCCAGGGCGGGAGGGGCCUUCCAGGUGGCCGGACAGGUGGCUGAGCAGCUGCGAGGCUUCAACUCCCAGCUGCAGCAGACCAGGCAGAUGAUCAGGGCGGCUGAGGAAGCCACCCUGAGGGUCCAGUCUGAUGCCCAGCGCCUGGAGACGCAGGUGAGCACCAGCCGCGCCCAGAUGGAGGAGGACGUGAGGAGCACACGGCUGCUGGUCCAGCAGGUUCGGGACUUCCUCUCGGACCCUGCUACAGAUGCUGCCGCCAUCGAGGAGGCCAGUGAGGCUGUGCUGGCUGGGCUGCUGCCUUCAGACUCGGCGACCAUCUUGCGGAAGAUGAGGGAGAUCCAGGCCAUUGCGGCCAGGCUGCCCAAUGUGGGCCUGGUGCUGGCCCAGACCGAGCAGGACAUUGCACGGGCCCGGAGGCUCCAGGCUGAGGCUGAGCAGGCCAGGAUCCACGCCCACUCUGUGGAAGGCCAGGUGGAAGACGUGGUGGGGAACCUGAGGCAGGGCUCAGCGGCACUGCAGGAAGCUCAGGACACCAUGCAAGGGACUGGCCGCUCGCUGCAGCUUAUCCAGGACAGGGUUGCUGAGGUGCAGCAGGUCCUGGGGCCAGCAGAAGGGCUGGUGAUGGGCGUGACAGAGCAGCUGGGUGGCUUCCAGGCACGGAUGGAGGAGCUCCAGCGCCAGGCACAGCGGCAGCGGGCACAGGCAGCCCAGGCCCAGCAGGUGGCGGAGGACGCCAGCCAGAGGGCCCUGAGUGCGCAGGAGGGAUUUGAGAGAAUCAAGCAAAAGUAUGGGGAGCUGAAGGAGCGGCUGGGGCAGAGUUCCAGGCUGGGUGAGGCGGGCAGCCGGAUCCACAGUGUGCAGACCACGGCCGAGGAGCUGUUCGGGGAGACCAUGGAGAUGAUGGACAGGAUGCAAGACAUGGAGUCGGAGCUGCUGCGGGGCAGCCAGGCCAUCAUGCUGCGCUCGGCGGACCUGACGGGGCUGGAGAAGCGUGUGGAGCAGAUCCGUGACCACAUCAAUGGGCGUGUGCUCUACUAUGCCACCUGCAAGUGAGCUGCGCCCUCCCGGCACCCCUGCUCCAGGGAGCAGAUGGAGGUGGGCUGUGUCCUGGCUUCUGGAGACUUUGAUGCCACCUGCAGUGCAGCCCUGGCCCCUGUGUGCAGCUGUCGGGGUCGCCUGCUGCUCCUGAGCGGGGGCCACUGCACUGAGGGACAGAGGCAGUGAGGUGGACUGAACUGGUCAGUGAGGUGGUCAGCUGGAAACCGAGGGAGCUGGGCAGGGCAGUAUUCCACCCCCGUCCUCCUGAGCUGUGGAUCCUGGACCAACACAGAAACUUAAUAAUCAUGUACAAAUGAAAAAGCCCAAUAAAAGUCUCUGGAAAGGUA